ACACACAUGACAGUGCCUCAUCUCUGUGUCUAUCGUUUUACUGUUUGCGCAUCGGGGAGGAAACAAUGUCAUCGAAGGACAAGAAACCAGCGAAGCCGUCGAGCAGUCGAACCGGUGGAAUCCGCACUCUCUCCGAUCUCAAUCGGAGAUCAAAUCCGGACUCAGACAGUGAUUCGGACGGUCCUCAGGAGUACUACACCGGCGGCGAGAAAAGUGGUAUGAUGGUUCAAGAUCCAUCGAAGAAGGAUGAUGUUGAUGAGAUAUUCAAUCAAGCUAGGCAGCUAGGAGCUGUUGAAGGACCUCUCGAGACUCCUUCUUCGAGUUCCAGAAGCUUCACUGGAACUGGGAGGUUGCUUUCAGGUGAAAGCGUUUCGACUCCUCCUCCUCAACAGCCUGACCCUGUGGCUCACAACAUUAUCUUCUGGUCUAAUGGAUUCACUAUAGAUGAUGGUCCGUUGAGGAAGUUGGAUGAUCCAGAGAAUGCUUCUUUUCUCGAGAGUAUUCGAAAGUCUGAGUGUCCGAAAGAGCUUGAGCCUGAAGAUAGAAGAGCUCCUGUACAUGUUAAUCUGAUGCGAAGGGAAGAGAAUUGUCCUGAAAGAGAGAAGCCUAAGGUUUCCUUUCAGGGCGUUGGAAGGACUCUUAGUGGUGGUACCCCAUCGCUGGCUCCAGAUUCCGCAGCCGUUCCGGUACAAACCGGUUUAGCAGCACCACCGUCUCCAACUCUUGUAAUAGAUGAAACCCUUCCUACCGCAUCGAUUCAGAUUAGACUAGCGGAUGGGACCCGGCUUGUGGCUAAGUUCAAUCACCAUCACACGGUUAGUGACAUUCGGGCUUUCAUUGACUCCUCUCGGCCUGGAGCCCCGGUUAACUACCAGCUUCAGACAAUGGGAUUCCCACCUGCGCCUUUGACGGAUCUCACUCAGACCAUCGAACAAGCUGGUCUAGCCAACUCUGUUGUUCUUCAGAAAUUCUAGAAUGUUUCUUCUUUUUUGUCUUUGGAUCAGAGUUUCCGUAACUGUUACUGUAACCAGAAAAUGUUGGCACUUAAACGGGGUCUCUCAUAUCGGAAGAACAAGACUUGUGGUAUAGAUUUAAUUAUUUUAUCGAAAAUAUUUUUCUCAUUA